AGUCCGGCGGAGAAGUUCAACUCGAACAGCUUGUCGCUUAUCAAACUCUUCAAAACUAGAGGAGAAUGGAGAACCACCGAAGGCCUCGAGCCAAAGAAGAAUCUAGACAAGAACCGACAAGAAAUCUGCCAAAAUCCAAUGACGGAAGGAGAAAACGUAUUCGUUCAUCCCGGUCUGAAAAUCAAGGUUCUGAAGAAGAAGGUCAUCACCAUCAUGAUAUGACCUCUCAGGGAAAUAAAGGAGAGAAGGUCUGGUUCAAUCGCAACUUGUAUGAGCAGGCCGACGACGACUAUCAAAACUUGUUGAGCGCCGGGGCGGGCGUUCCUCCGGCUUCUUCCUCUCCAAAAGACCGAAUUCCCCGCACCCUGGUCUUCAGGGCUAAACGCAAUGGUGCACAACAAUCUCGAGAUGAGGACACCCAAAUGCACACCCAUUCCUAUGUGUCACGCCAACUGCAGCGGGGUUCAACCCAUCAUCGCUCGUCAUCCGAACCCCAGAAAGAUCGACAGCUCCCAAAAAGUAGCAGGAAGAGGGUCUUCUCUGAAACUGAACGCUCCCCUCAAAAAAGGGACAACAUCACAAUGAGUGGACUUCAGGGACUCGCCCAGGAGAACAUCUGGUUUGACAAGUCCAGAUACGACGAGGCUGAAAGAUGCUUCUACGAGGGUGCAAACGGCAUCCCUCAGACAUCUCAGGAGAGAGAUGCUAGUGCCAUCCUGCAGGACAUUGCUAAAGCCCGACAGAAUAUCCAGCAAUCCCUUACCGGAGUGAAGACUGCUCUUCAGGGUAGUAAAGGGCACGCGCGCGCUCCGAAACCACGGGAGAGGAAGAGCAGUCAGAAUGCCAGCAAGUCUGAGGAUCAGAGCGAACUGGUCUCACGUUUGAAGAGUCUUGAACUGGACAACAGGAAUCUGCACAAAGUGGUGGAUGAUCUGAGAGCCACACUGUCCAAACUGGAGUCCAGAAUGGCCUCCCUGGAGAAAACUCAAGCACCAGCUACAAAAGGAGUUACUGUCACCAAGGCUGCUCCUGUCCAGAAGCCCAAGGUGGAGGAACACAACGGUGCAGAUGAUGAAGACGACGACAUUGACCUGUUUGGCAGUGAUGAAGAAGACGAAGAGGCAGAGCGCAUUAAAGCAGAGCGUGUGAAGGAAUACUCCCAGAGAAAAGCCAAAAAACCAGCCCUCAUCGCCAAAUCCUCCAUCCUGCUGGACGUCAAACCUUGGGACGAUGAGACGGACAUGUCGAAGCUGGAGGAGUGCGUUCGCUCCGUUCAGAUGGACGGGCUCCUGUGGGGAGCUUCAAAGCUGGUCCCCGUCGGCUACGGCAUCAAAAAGCUGCAGAUCAACUGCGUGGUCGAAGACGACAAAGUGGGAACAGACAUUCUGGAGGAGGAGAUCACCCAGUUCGAGGACUACGUCCAGAGUGUGGAUAUUGCUGCCUUCAACAAGAUCUGAGCCUCUCGCCACGAACCAUCACCUCACACAGAGUUACUGCUGCUUUUAUAUCACACGGUUCCUAAUAAAACUGUUCAGCCACGUCAACAAA